AUGUGGAGCUACCUGUCCUUGCUGCCAGUCAUCCUAGCUCUAUGGGCUAUCGCUGGCAUCUGGCUUGUUUCCUGUAUCACUUUCCAUCCUGUUUUUGCAAUUGCCGUGGCUAACAGGAGUGUGGACCUCAAGAAGGGCUUCCCCUUUAUCAGGUUGUUGUGGCUGAAGGGGCUGGGAGGUGCAGGGCGGGAGAAGAACCAGAAGGGGGCACACAUGGCAGGGGCCUUUCUGGCCUUCAUCCUGGGCAACCUGUACUUCUGGCUCCAGUUCCUUCUGUCCUGGAUUAAGGGCCUGCCCCAACCAGGGCCUCGCUGGGUUAAGCUUCUCCGCCUGAGUUUCUGUGUCAUCUCCACAAUCCUCAUCGUGGCCAGUAUCCUUCCCAGGGAGUAG